UGCCUCUUGUCUCUUUGUCUUUCCCUUUAAAUAACCAUCUCACCACACAGUUUCAUCCUCACCAAUCACUCACAAUCUCGCUCUCUCUCUCUUUUUUUCUCUCAAGAUCACUACUAAAUAUUCCUCCAAGAUGACAUUGAGCAGAGUCCACCAACAAAUUCUUACAUUUCCAGCAGUCAAGACUGCUCCGGCAGGUUACUUGCCUGACCCAGCAGCUUCCAUCAACAAGCUCCAAAUCCCAUCUCAUUCCAAGAAAUCUGAACAAAGCAAGAAAAAAUCGAUUCAGCGAACCAAUAGCUUCACGAACGGAGAUAAAGACCAAAGCAAGUUAGGACCAAAGCUAACUGAAACAGUCAAGAGAAAGCUAUCCCUGGGAGCUAAGAUCCUUCAAAUGGGAGGCUUAGAGAAGAUUUAUAAACGCCUCUUUAGAGUCUACGACGAAGAGAAACUCUUCAAGGCCUACCAAUGUUACCUAUCUACAACCGAAGGUCCCAUCGCAGGCUUACUUUUCAUCUCAUCAAAGAAGAUUGCUUUCUGCAGUGAGAGAUCUAUCAAAGUGGCUUCUCCUCAAGGAGAUCUCACUAGGGUUCACUACAAAGUGUCAAUCCCUCUGUGCAAGAUCAAGGGAGUGAACCAGAGUAUGAACAUGAAGAAGCCAUCUCAGAAGUACCUUGAAGUAGUCACGGUCGAUGGCUUUGACUUCUGGUUCAUGGGCUUCAUGAGCUACCAAAAAGCAUUCAACUGUCUCGAGCAAGCACUUUCUCUCGAGCAGUAACAAGCCGAAGGUUGAAGAGGAAAUAUUUCAUUUCUAAUUUAACCCUAUCUUUCAAUCGAAGAAUGUUAGAAUAGAGCCUAGAAAAUUCAGACAAUAUUGUAAAAACUCUUUUUAAGCUUUAAUCCUUUUGUUAUCCAUUGUCAACAAGAUCAGCAAGAGAUUGAAUAUAUUUACUUGAAUCAA